GCACAGGCAGUAUCCUCCAGUCGCUUGGCGGUGCGCCGUCAACUGCAGGCAGAGCUGAAUGCAUGUGCCGAAAACUUCAGCAAGGAAGCUGCGUGCCAGCGCCGCUCGACAGAGGCGCUGCGUGUGCAGCGUGCCUCCCUCCGCUGCGAGGCCGUCGAGCUUGGGCGAGAGCUGCAGGGCUGUGUGGGCCGCGGAGACGAACUGGUCUCCGAGAAUCUGCGGCUGCGCACGGAGGCAGCGUCGCUCGAGGAGGCCGAGGGCAACCGAUAUGCCUACGACAGUCGGCACUCUGAGGACGAAGGCCCGAAGCGACAAUGCCGUUUCGUGGCUGCAGCUCUGGAGUCAGGGAGUUCUGCAGCAGUUUGGGCCUCGAAGCUGUCAGUAGCUGUUACAUUGACGCUAGCAUCCUGGCUGCACCCCGGGACGGCGGGAAAAGUGAGUGGCACCGAUUGGUACCCUUCCUCCUCCUGCAAGGGCGUUGAGGCGUUGGACUGGGAUCGAUCCGAAGCCGCAUCGUGGCUACACGUCGAGGGGCUGGAUAGAUGGAAGCGCCAGCUCGUCUCUGUUCUUCGGGACGGCCAUUGCCUCUUGACAGCGCUGAACGAAGGUGUGCUUCGAAAAGUUGGUGUUCCGAAGAGGAAGGCCAAAGAAGUGAUGCACGAUGUGGAAGACCUUCGCCGUGGUGCCUGGGCACAGCCAGAGCCACCGAGGGAGGAGGUUCCGCUGCCCACGGUGACCGAGCUGGGAAGCAAAGUGCGGCAAGGCUCCUACUCCUCGAUGUGCCGCAAUGCUGUGCCGCAGGACCUCGCAUGGCGCUGGUAUGAGCAGCUCCGCACACAGCUCCAGUGGCAGGACCUCUGCGAUGAGCGCUACCAGGGCGAGGGCAAGCACAUCCCUCGUCGAACCAUCUUCACCGUGUUCAACGGAUGUAGUUGUGUCUACAAGUAUUCAGGAGUAUCCGUGAAGCCCACCAUCGAGCCAGACUUUGUUGCCGAAAUUCGCAAGUACUGCGUCGGCGUAUCUGGCCUAACGACGCAGCCAAACUGCUGCAAUAUCAAUCUGUACCGCGAUGGCAGGGACUCGGUGGGUUGGCACACGGACGACGAGGAGCUCUUCGAGGGUGGAUACAAAGACAUUACUAUUCUGAGUCUGUCGCUGGGUGCGACUCGCACCUUCGAGGUGAAAAAGCAACCAGGCCCGGGCGCAAAAGGCAACGGCAAAAGCCACAAGGGACCGGCUGAAGCUUCGUUUGAAGUGCGGCAUGGCGACAUCUGUACCAUGGAGGGCAUGUUCCAACGCCACUACCUCCAUGCAGUGCCCAAGGAGCCCAAAAUCAGGGAGCCCAGAAUCAACCUUACCUGGCGUUGGAUAACGAAGCACAACCAGGAGCGCACGAGGUCGGAGCUACAACGUUUCCUUGCCUCUGACAGCGCGCAGCUGCAAGCAGCGGCGCUGCGGUGCAGGCAGCUCUGGAUCGACAUGCAGCACGGAGCCGCUCGAAACGACAGCCUUGCGGAAGGCCUCGACUAUGAGGCACGCUUGCAGACCCUGCGCGAGGCUGCAGAUCGCAUCUCGUGCUCGAACGGUGUGAGCACUCGCCACCAAAAGCCCAGGAGUUCGAACUAA